CUAACAUGUUCUCUAACAUGGCUUGAUUUGAAUCAAACAUCCAAUCUCCUCAAAGAUGCAUGCGUGUUUGGUUUCGUUCCAGAGAAUACUUAGUGUAAAGAUACAUUCCCCUCAUGCCACAAUGUGAACUUAAACCACUUCGCUCUUUCUAACAGAAACCCAUUAAUAAUAUUACUUAGCAUUUGUUUAUUCAACAUGCUCAUAUUAUUAGGAGAAGACUAAGACUACACAUAAAUCAUAACUUGUAAAAAGACAAACCCUUUUUGAUAAAAAACAGCUAUUCUUCUUCGAAUCCUGUCGGAUUAAACUUUAUACGUUAGACAUAAGCUGUCCUUACCACAUUAAACUAAUGAAAAAACAUGGGUCUUCUUCCACGCACAUGCAUUUAUAUAUAUUUAUAUAUAUGGUCCACUACAAGCAAAACACUACGACUAAACAGAACAAACAGUCUCCUCUCUCUCUCUCUCUCUCUCUCUCUCUCUCUCUCUCUCUCUCUCUCUCUCUCUCUCUCUCCUCUUUUCUCUCUUCUCUCUCCUCUCUUCUCUCUCCUCUCUCCUCUCAUUCAAAACUAGGGUUCUUGAGUUGUCCAUGGAGAGAGAAGAAUGUAGCAGCAGCGAAUCCGGUUGGACCACGUAUAUUUCUUCGCCAAUGGAGGAAGACGAGGAAGAGGUAAUUGAUGAGGUCUAUUAUGAUGGGCAUAGCAUCGAAAAAGAUGGAAGAAAAUAUGUCAACGAGUACGAAAGCAACAAAGACAGCGACGAUUCAAUGGCUUCCGAUGCUUCUUCCGGGCCAAGUUAUCACCAAACGAGCAACAGAGGGAGACGGAGAGAAGGUCUCGUUUUAAGAAACGGGAAAAGUGAAAGUAAUAGUAAGAGUAAUAAUGUUUAUGAUUAUAAACAUGAUGAUAAGAAUAGUGGCAAUCAUAAAACUAGGACAAAAGAGAAGAAAAAGGGUGAAAACAAGAGUAGAUCUUCUAAAAAGAAGUAAGUUCUUUUUUUUCUUGAAGCUGUUUGUAUGUAGAAGAUUGGGAUUGGAUUAUUGAUUUCCUUAUUUUGUGUUGAGGUUUUUUGAUACCUCACGCAAAGGGUGUUUGAUUAUUUCUAUUUUUCAGUUGAUAUUUGUAUUCUCUUAUACUUGUCUCUUGAUUAUAUUUCUUUUUUUA